AUGACAUUCCCGUCAUCAUCAUCAUCAUCAUCAUCAUCAUCAAGCAACUCAUGGAUUCUUUCAAUGAAAUCUUUGUUAAUCACCACCGGCGUGAUAUCUAUCGCAUAUUUGGUAACAAAACUCUUCAUUCCUUUAAUGCUCAAUUUUGCAAUAACAGACCUCCCAGCCACUUGGUCCAUUAUCAUUUCUUGGCUUAAACCACCUUAUCUUUACAUUAUACUCAAUAUAAUUAUUAUCUCUAUUUAUGCCUCAACGCAUUUCCAAAAUAACAACAACCAUGACAUUAAUUAUAAUCAAAACCAAUACCAAAACCAGGUGGUUAAUGUUAGCCAACCGAACCAUGGUGUGGGUCCAGUUGUGACCGAACCAAGUUACGAUAUCGAGCCGAUAGUCGAACCUAAACGUGUAGUGUAUGAGACUAAACGUGUUAUUGUUGAUGAUGGUCGGCCAGUGGUGAUGAGUGGUGGUUUAGAAGUUGAUGGAGUAAAUGAAGAAAAUGAGAAUAAUGUUACCACGUGGCAGAAUAUGUCACAGGGUGACGUCAUUGUUUCUCGUCAACUUUCUAACAGAAGGAUUAAAGUUGAAUUGGAGCUUGAUAUUCCGAUCAGAGAUAAACGACUUCUUUCUUCCAGAUUCGCCCAAUCACGCAAACAGACAAAAGCAACUAGUCCGGAAGGCACGAGAGCGUUGAGAGUGCUAAGGCCAAAAAAGCAUGAAUCAAUGGAAACUACAUGGAAGAUGAUAACGGACGGGCGUCAAAUGCCAUUAAAUAGGGACCUAAAGAAAUCCGACACGUUCAAGAACGAUAACGUCGCGCUCAAUGUUUCAACUAGCAGUGUAAAAUCGAAGGUUGUGAAAAAAUCCGAGACGUUUAAGGACCGAACAAAUUACGAAAACGAGAACCAGUAUUUGCAGCCAAACUCAUCAGGAGAAAAUUUGAAGAAAGAAGGGUCAUUGAGUCAUGAUGAGUUAAACAAACGAGUUGAAGCGUUUAUAAAGAAGUUUAAUGAUGACAUGAAAUUACAACGACAACAGUCCCUAAAUAAGCAUAAGGAGAAGGUUAACCGUGGGGCACAUUAGUCACUAAUAUAAAGUUUUAUUAAAAAGAUACUAUAAUAUAAUAUAGGAUUCCUAUAAUUAAUAUAUAGUCUUGUUAAUACUAUAUAUAUUUGAAAUUUGAAAAUAUAAACUAUUUUUAUCACUUUAGUUUUAGCACAGUAUUAAGUAUUAAAAAGAAACAAUAUAUGAAAAGGAAACGUUUUUGCCCAUUAACUAUCGUGGGGUUUCAAAGCAUAGUUAUGAAAACGAUGCAUCAUAGUUGUUACAUGUACUAUUUUUUAUUUUAGUACUGUAGUAUUCUUUUUGGUUUUCAUAUAUGGGUUUAUUCUAUUU